AUGGAAGAUGCCGACAAUGUUGUACGCCUGGCUAAGGCUUGCAGCAUCUGCAGAAAGAAAAAGGUAAAAUGUGAUGGAACCCGGCCUGUCUGUGUCCCCUGCAGGACAUUUGACUUUCCCUGCAAGUACGAAGACACCGUGCGACGCAGGAAGCCCAACCGCGAAGAACACAUCGUUGAACUGGAAAAGCGCGUUCGAUCUCUACAGGAUGAGUUGAGUGAUGCGCGGUCGUCUAAGAAAAGACGACUUCCCAGCGCCGAUGACACAGCAGCACACGCCCAGGCCUCGGAUGCUUCCGAUUCAGAGUUACCGUCCUCAACAGAUGGCACCACUCAGGUGCCCUUCGAGGCCGAGGCCGAGGCCAAUCGAGGCGACGGUGAUGGAGGGUCAUAUACCCUGAAAACCCCGAAGGGUGCAAUGCGCUUUUUUGGCGCGUCUUCUCAGUUCUCAAUUGUUUCCCCUGAGGGUGUAAGCUGGCUCGAAAGCAAGACGGGGAACAAUGCGUGGCGCCAUGUUGCCCAGAGGAACGGUAGCCGAUGGAGGCUGGCCGACUGGUACCCUCGAAUUCUCAAAGAUGACUACCAAAGCAAAUGCUCGCAUUCUCUGCCAUCAAAGAAUGUCAUACUACAACUAAUUGAGGAAUACUUUGCCACAUCCAACAAAAUAUUGCCUCUCUUUGACCCCGAAAGCUUCAUGGGAAUGGUCAAUCGGCAUUUCUCCUGGAAUCCCAGCGAAAGUCCCUCCUGGUGGGCUGCACUAAAUAUUGUCCUUGCUUUAGGGUACAGGCAAAGGGCUGAAGGCGCAGCUGCGGCUAGCGAGGACUGGCAAAAUUGCCUGGGUCAUGUCAAGAACGCCAUGAAUGUUCUCACGGAACUGUACAUGCGGACCAGUGACCUCCUUGCAGUCCAGGCUUUGCUUGGCUUAGCCCUCUUUUUCCAGGGCACACCGAACCCCCAGCCCCUUUUCAUGUUCUCUGCUUCAGCCGUUCGUUUGGCGCAGUCAAUUGGGUUGCACAAGUCCAACUCAUUUGGUCUCCCGGCAUCCCAGAUCGAGGAACGGAGACGCGUUUUCUGGAUUGCAUUCAUAUUGGAUGCAGACAUCUGCCAACGCACCGGUCGUCCUGCCGCUCAGGACACGCGUGAUUUCAGUACUCCUCUCCCUCGGGAGGAUCCACCCGAUGGCCUUGGUGUACUGGAAGUUGGGAAUAUCAAAUUUAAUAUUUUCUCGGCUUUGGCUCGGUUUUCUCUGAUCCAAAGGCGCGUUUGUGAUGGGUUGUAUAGUACUGACGCGUUUCGCAAGACCGAAGAACAGCUUAUGGUGGAUGUCAGAUCAUGUCUUGAGGACAUAGAAGCGUGGAAACAAAGCAUUCCGCUGGUACUGCGACCGCAGAGGAACUUCUCGAUCCACCAGCAUGUCUUCCUCACCCACAUACUGAGACUCCACUUCUCAUACCACUGUUGUUGCCUCAAUAUCCACCGAGUGUGUCUACUUCCCCGACGCUGGCCAGCCCGGCCAGCAAAUGAAACUGCCACCCCACUGGGGCUGUUGAUUGAUAGAGAAAACUCAAUGCAACAAUCUUCGGAAGCAGCGCGAGCUGUGAUCGACUUGAUCAGCCAAGUCCGAGAUGACUUUGGGCAGUCGUUUGAAUGGAGCACAGUUUACUUCCCAGGAGCUGCCUCGGUAGCACUCUUCUCGAAAAUACUCAUAAAUCCUCUGAGACCUGAUUCUGACGCAGACGUCGCUCUACUUCACCGCGUGGUGACUUUUCUAUCCAAGGUUGCAUCCCAAGAGCAAGACACAUACUUGGAUUAUGUCUUGGCACUGUGUUCUGAUUUUGAGAUUGCUGCCAGAAAGGAGGUGCUACGAGCGAAGAAUGCGAGCUCAAAUUCUAUGGGAAUUUCCCAGCCGAAUUUUGGUCGUUCUCAAGGACAGGCGUCGCAGAGUGAUGCUCAACCACACUUCGCAGCAGACUUCAACUAUUACCAGCCACCUCAAGGUGCUACCGGCGAUAUCCCGCAGUGGAAUAUGUCCGCUCCGGACCAGAGUCUGCUCAAUUCAGGGCAGACAUCCUUGCCUGGUCCCCUUUCUUGGAACUGGCAGGACAUGAUAGCGGGUAUACCACCGGCAUUCGAUUUUGGUGCAUAUGAAUUUGACGCACCACUGGAAGAAUUAUGA